GAGAGCUACCAUACAAGUUCGUGUCAAUUAUGAAAUGUACCGGUUAAUAAUAUUUUCCAGUGGUACUGUGGAGCUUUAAUUCUCCAUUCAAUCAGACAUUUUUUCUAGACCAAUUUAGAGUAUUGUGGAAUAAAACAGGUCUCUACGACUCAGAUCAGGAUAAAAAGUAGUUACUUUAUUGAUUUUCGAAGGCCAAAAUGCUAGAAGGAAAAACUGAAUUGUUUGAUAGUCGGUUGUGAGUGUUGUCUCAUGCACGUUACAAACAAGCGGGGUCGUUAAGUUACGUUUAAUUAUAACGUGGUACAUGUAUAACUUUUUUAUUGUAAAGGCUUUUUAAAUAGUCGUUCAUUUUAUUUCUUUUAUUUAUCAUCAGCUUUCCAUCUACGGAUGCGCUUUGAAAAACCAUAAUGGCAUCUGGUUCGAUUCAUCGUUGUGACCUGCAUCUCAUCAUGGUGGUCACAGUGACGGUUCUUAGGACCUGUGCGCCUUGCCCCAGUGUCUGCAAUUGUACCGGUACAUUUUACGGCAAUGCAUACUGCAAUCAUAAAAAUCUGGACAGAGUCCCCGCUGGAAUAUCUACCAACACUCGUUUCCUUCGGCUGGAAUACAACAGACUGACCAGGCUACCAGCUGGCGCCUUCUCUGGGCUCUCGCAGCUGCUUCGACUGACUCUCUACAACAACCUGAUUACUGAGAUAGAAGAUGGCACUUUCAGUGGCCUGGUAGCAUUGAAGAAGUUACAUCUUGGAAGCAACAACAUCAACCUGUUAACUAACAAUACUUUCCAGGGGGUACCCAACUUGGAAGAGUUGUCCCUUAGUAACAAUCGCCUUUUGUCUUUAGGCAAUGGUGUUUUCAAUCAGAUCCCCAACUUGCUGGAACUGGAUGUGUCACAUAACGGCAUCAGAGAAUUUCCAACCGAAGUCUCAAAGUACUUGUCGAACGUUCAAGUGCUAGAUCUGUCUUCUAAUCCAGCCCAACUGCUGUUGAUCCAGAAUACUGUUGGUAUAUUUAAACAGAUUGUGGCGUUACAAUAUCUAAAACUCAACAAACUUUCUGAGGUCAGCAACACUGCAGGGGAAAUUCGGAUACCUGAAUCUACCUUCGAUGGAUUGCCGAACCUUACCAACUUGGAGCUCAAUGGCAAUCGUCUCAGCAAAAUUCCCUCUGCAAUCAAGUCUCUGAAAAACCUGAAGUACAUCAGUUUGCAUAUGAAUUCCAUUCAGAGUGUUGGUGCUGAUGAUUUUCAUCAGCCAUCUCUUCUAGAAAUUCUUCUUCUUGAUAAAAAUAAGCUGGUGGAGAUACCUGCCUCUGCAUUAGCCCAGCUGCCACAUCUGACGAAACUGUACUUGGACUUCAACCCAAUAUCGACGAUCCCAGCCCGGGCAUUCUGGCACAACCCUCGCCUGACCAACUUGUCCCUUGCAUAUACAAAUUUGACAACCAUCCAAGAGGACGCCUUUUCUGGGCUCGAUCAGCUUGGCUCUCUUAACCUGCAAGGCAACAAUCUGACUACGAUAAAGGGCGGAGUCAUGACCCAUGUCAAUCCUAAGGUCUCAUAAGACCCAGUUGUCAUCGACGAAAUAGUCGAGAAGCCCUUGACCCGGCCCAGGUUCCAAAUGAAAAUGAGAU